GCGCAUCAUCAGCAUCACCCGACAGCAGCAGGAGGAGGAGGAGGAAGAGGAGGAGGAGGCGAGCAUCCUUCAUGAUUCUGCAUUAAAGCCGCACUCUAUAUCAACAAACCCCAGGCCUUCACGGAUCCGACCGCAGCUCUGCGUGAACACCACACAGUCAAUCAUGGAUAAUUCCGGGAAAGAGAAGGAAGCCAUGCAGCUGAUGGCAGAGGCGGACAAAAAAGUCAAAUCAUCGGGUUCAUUUCUCGGAGGGAUGUUCGGGGGUAAUCAUAAGGUUGAGGAUGCAUGUGAAAUGUAUGCCAGAGCUGCCAACAUGUUCAAGAUGGCCAAAAACUGGAGUGCUGCAGGCAGUGCUUUCUGCCAAGCUGCAAGACUUCACAUGCAGAUGCAGAACAAACUAGACUCGGCCACCAGCUUUGUUGAUGCUGGAAAUGCAUAUAAGAAGGCAGAUCCUCAAGAGGCUAUCAACUGUUUAAACGCAGCCAUCGAUAUUUAUACAGACAUGGGAAGGUUCACCAUUGCUGCAAAGCAUCACAUGACUAUUGCAGAGAUCUACGAAUCGGAGCUGGUGGAUAUUGAAAAGGCCAUCGCCCAUUACGAGCAGGCUGCAGACUAUUACAAAGGCGAAGAGUCAAACAGCUCUGCUAAUAAGUGUCUGCUGAAGGUGGGCUCAUACAGCGCUCAGCUCGAGCAGUAUCCCAAAGCCAUCGAGAUCUUUGAGCAGGUUGCAACCAGCACAAUGGACAACCCUCUGCUGAAAUACAACGCAAAAGAGUACUUCUGGAAAGCAGCUCUCUGCCACUUCAUAGUGGAUGAACUAAAUGCGAAGCUUGCCAUUGAAAAGUAUGAAGGGAUGUUUCCAGCCUUUUCUGAUUCAAGAGAAUGUAAGCUGUUGAAAAAACUGUUGGAGGCUCAUGAGGAGCAGAACAGCGAAGCGUUCACUGAAGCUGUGAAAGAGUUUGAUUCGAUCUCCCGUCUCGACCAGUGGCAGACCACUAUGUUGCUGCGUAUCAAGAAGACCAUCCAGGGCGAUGGCGGCGAUCUCAAGUGAUGUGUCCGAGAAAAAUACUGUGGCAUCACAUCUGGUUUAAUUUCUUACCGUAUCGUAUGUGUGUGACAAUCUGGUUGAACAUUUCUGUAGUGAUACUAGCUCAAAUAUAAGCCUUUUCUCAUAAAGUUUAAAUGCAAUGCAAAGGCUUUAUAACUUGCAUUGCAUUUGAGAAAAUAGAAGUAUACAAUAUUAAUAUUGAUAAUUCUCUUCUGGAAGGCAUUUCUCUAUCCCUUUACUUCACCAUGAGGAAAUAUUUCCCGUACACCGUUGUUUGUACUUGUACGUGUGGCAUGCGAGACCCCAUAGAGCUGUUCUCUUUCUAAUGUUCACCUCAGUGUUGUCACUGGCAUUGUCAUGCAUGAUAAAUGUUUAAAGUGUGUUUAUGUGCUGUAGAAUAUCAGGAUUUGUGAGUGCACUUUAUUUCAGCUGUCUGUUUGGAUUGAAAACACAUCGCCUUUGCUCAAUUUAAAUAUUUUUGUGCCAGAAACGCAUCCUCACGUCGUCUUUGUCAAUAUGGCAGUGUCAGUUCUGUCGGAGUAUUUGCUUUAGUGGUUGUAUAUGUUUCAUAAUCAGUAGAAUAGCGUCUCUUGCUCACUGAUGGUGGCGAAGUGCUCAGCUCAAGUGAUUUUUCACAGUGUGAUAUUACAGACAGCGUUGAUUUUCUUAUGCAGAUCAAGUUGUUGAAUAUGUAUAUAUAAGUUUUGAUUGUUGAUUUAUUCUGGUAUUAUUUGUAACUUCAUGUUUAAUUGGUUGUUGUUUCACAUGGAUACAGGGCAUUUGUUGUUUUGGGCAUUCAGACCUUAUGAAUUAUAAUUUUAGUUUAAGCGCUUCUUGUUUUUACUCUGUUGUUGAUACACUUUGUAUCAGUAAUUAUAUUAUGUUAACUGAAUCUGAUAUAUUAAAUCAUCUGUUAUAUGACUGACAGGGAAUCAAAAACUAAAAUGUAAAAAAGAUGGCAAGUCUUAUUGAGACAUUUUAAUAAAUGUUCUACGUAUUUAUUCAAAGAAAAAUGAAUAAAUGAUCACUCAUACCAUA